AUGUCGGAUGACGAAAUCGGCGAAGUCGGUAUCGUGAAGGUGUACAGACAGGGUGAUCCGAAAGGUAAAAGAUUUCCCAGACCUGUAUUUGUGCAGUUUCCAGACAUUUACCGAAAGGAGAAGAUCAUGAAAAAAAUUCCUAAACUCAAAGCCAAAGGUGUUCCUAUUAGGAUUUCCAACCAUUAUCCCGAAGAGAUGAGAGAGAAGCGCAAGCGCCUCAGAACAAUUACAAAGAUCAAAGAUGACAAGCUGGUCUUCAACAAUAAUGGAUCAGGGUACCGUGAAAAAAUUGCCAGACCGAAAGCAUGCGUCCUUCUUCUGAAAUCCAUCAAGGAACCUCUAAUCUUCUACACCUCAAAUUCCAUACAAACCUUAACCACAUCAUACUGUUAG